AUGCGAGCAGGCCCCUCCAUGAGCCGGCCCUGGCAGGCCCCUCCAUGCGAGCUGGCCCCUCCAUGCGAGCAGGCCCCUCCAUGCGAGCCGGCCCCUCCAUGUGCGCAGGUCCCUCCAUGCGAGCAGGCCCCUCCAUGUGAGCAGGCCCCUCCAUGCAAGCAGGUCCCUCCAUGUGAGCAGGCCCCUCCAUGCGAGCAGACCCCUCCAUGUGAGCAGGUCCCUCCAUGCGAGCUGGCCCCUCCAUGCGAGCAGGUCCCUCCAUGCGAGCCGGCCCCUCCAUGCGAGCAGGCCCCUCCAUGCGAGCAGGCCCCUCCAUGUGAGCAGGCCCCUCCAUGCGAGCAGGCCCCUCCAUGCGAGCAGGCCCCUCCAUGCGAGCAGGUCCCUCCAUGCGAGCUGGCCCCUCCAUGCGAGCAGGCCCCUCCAUGCGAGCAGGCCCUCCAUGCGAGCAGGCCCCUCCCCUCUCCAUGCGAGCAGGCCCCUCCAUGUGAGCAGGCCCCUCCAUGCGAGCAGGCCCCUCCAUGUGAGCAGGCCCCUCCAUGCGAGCAGGCCCCUCCAUGUGAGCCGGCCCCUCCAUGCGAGCAGGCCCCUCCAUGCGAGCAGGCCCCUCCAUGCGAGCAGGCCCCUCCAUGUGAGCAGGCCCCUCCAUGUGAGCACUUUGAUGGAGUUUCUGCCUCAGUCAAUGUGUCUCUGGUCGAAUCAGACAUCCUCUUUCUCUUCUUCUGCCACACUGUCACCGUGCCAGAAGCCAAACAGCCUGAUUCCUCACAGCCAGAAGACAAGCACCCUGAUUCCUCACAGCCAGAAGCCAAACAGCCUGAUUCCUCACAGCCAGAAGCCAAACAGCCUGAUUCCUCACAGCCAGAAGCCAAACAGCCUGAUUCCUCACAGCCAGAAGCCAAACAGCCUGAUUCCUCACAGCCAGAAGCCAAACAGCCUGAUUCCUCACAGCCAGAAGCCAAACAGCCUGAUUCCUCACAGCCAGAAGCCAAACAGCCUGAUUCCUCACAGCCAGAAGACAAACAGCCUGAUUCCUCACAGCCAGAAGACAAACAGCCUGAUUCCUCACACCCAGAAGCCAAACAGCCUGAUUCCUCACAGCCAGAAGACAAGCACCCUGAUUCCUCACAGCUAGAAGCCAAACAGCCUGAUUCCUCACAGCCAGAAGCCAAACAGCCUGAUUCCUCACAGACAGAAGCCAAACAGCCUGAUUCCUCACAGCCAGAAGCCAAACAGCCUGAUUCCUCACAGCCAGAAGCCAAACAACCUGAUUCCUCACAGCCAGAAGCCAAACAGCCUGAUUCCUCACAGCCAGAAGACAAACAGCCUGAUUCCUCACAGCCAGAAGCCAAACAGCCUGAUUCCUCACAGCCAGAAGACAAACAGCCUGAUUCCUCACAGCCAGAAGACAAAUAG